CUCAACAAAUUGUCUCUAAAACCACUAGAUACAUACAUAUAUGCCCACGCAUAGAUAGAGAUAGAUGAGAGACAUAUAACAUUUGAUCUUUCGCAGGUUUCUUUGAUCAUCAUCAUCAGGAGGAAAAAAAUCGAAUGGAGGAGAACCCAUCUCAAGUUCAAUCUAAAGAAGGGUCCCACCACCACGUGGCGUCAUCAAGAAAGGGAGAGCCCCCAAGGAAGAACCGCCACCGCCGGUGCACCGUAGAAGACGACACAGGAGAUCCGAUCAAGUGCUCCGGCAAGCAUUGCCGAUCAUGCACCGCCGGGCUGAUCGCUGACUGCGUGGCCGUCUGUUGCUGUCCCUGUGCUGUCGUCAGCUUCUUCGCCCUCGCAUUCUUCAAGGCUCCGUGGAUGAUGGGUCGGAGGUGUUUGGGGCUCGGGAAAAAGAAGGAAAAGAAAAGAAAAUGUGUGGGAAGCGAGGAGGAGGACAUGGAUGGAAAUUCGAGAAAGGGGAGGGUAGAAGGGGAAACAUAUUCAGAAAUUAUAACUGGGUUUGGGUUUGGAGAAGAAGAUGAAGAGAGAGAAUUUGAAGCAGAGAGGGUUUGGUUAGAGAUGAACCAGUUGGGUCAUUUGGGUUUUGGAAGGGUUUCAUUCACUGGAAUUCAAUCUCAAGGUAAGGGCUAUUAGGGUUAAAAAAACAAAGAUAUUUGUUGUUUGUGAAGUUGAAAAAAUUCUCAAUUUUUUGUAUACUUGGUAGAGUUUGGGGUUGGUGUGUUAAACCCAAAUUAGUGUUAAUUGUAAUUUGCAAAUGAAAGUUACCAAAUGGCCUUUUGGUUCUCUUUAAUUACUCGAAAGGAGGGAAUUGA